AUGUGGGCCAGUCAAUAUGUGAGAAGUAGAACUGGAAGAUUGUUAUUAGAACGACUACAAGUAGCUGAGGAGGAAAACCAAGAUAUAGAUACAACAUCAGUGAGUGCAGACUGUAAACACCCCACUGGUUUUCCAGCCCCCUUUCUGAAAAUAUUUCUUGCACAAUCGAUCACAUACAGUACAUUUUUUUAUUUCUACCCAAAUCUUUACCUCUAACUGACAGUCUUUGAUAUUUGAUCUUUCUGAUCAUGUUAUAUUGUGCAACUGCUGUUAGAAUCUUGUUGGAGGUGGGGCAGAUAUGAGCGAAUUGUAAACAACGGUUUACGUGCAUUUCACCCAGAAUUUCAGAUCAAAGCUCCACAAUACACAGUGACUCACUGCAUACUGAUAAUAACUGAAACAACUGAACGGCAUGGAAAUUUUAAUUGAUUUGAUUUUCAAUAUGAUCGAAUGUGACCGAUGAACAUGACCAUCAAGACAAAAGAUUGAUUAGUCAACUCUCCUUCAGUCUGAACAUUGUCCUUUGACCGGUCAAUAUUUCGAGCCCUGAACACUGCUUCAAAGGAAGCCACACCUAGACUAAAUAAAGAUCAGAUUUGCAAAAUGUUGCUAUUGCAUGUACAGAAAAUUUCUUUGUGAAGAAAAAUGCUUACAAAUCAAACCAGCCCCAAUUAACCAAAUUAUUAUGUGUUGUUUGUUUGUUUUUUUCUUUUUAGUGGUACAAGUGCAUUAACUCUUCACUCUCAGAAGAAUUGCAAGCAAAGUUUGUAGAGAGCACCCUGGAUAAAGAAACUGAAGCCUUCCUGCAGAACUGCCAUCAAAAAGCUGAUUCGGUGCUCUCACAAGUUGGACAUCUUUUUUUUAAAGGAUUUUUUGGUUAUUUCUUCUCUGUAACUACAGUCAAUGGGUAA